CAGGUUUUAUUACCAUCACUACAACCUGCUUGACACACUUAAAGUUGCGUGGCAGCUUGAACUCUGCUCGGAGUACAGUACGUACAUUUCCACACAUCCUCUGUCAGAGCUCCACUCCUCAAGAAUGGCAUCAAAGUCCAAAGGGGCCUCUUCUACGUAGCCCCCACCGAACAUGAGGGGCCGUGCCGCAGAGAUGUUGGCAUGGGCGGCCACCCUGCUGACACUUUCCACGUGGAUACGAGCCGACAUUUCCCCAGGAGAGCGCACGUGCCCUACGGGUCCCCGCAGUCAGGUGGACUUCUCGGUCAAAUACACGGUGCCGCGUUUCCAAACAGAGCAUCCCAUACAGGACGUGGUGGCCAACCCACUCAAUCCUGAGGUUUAUAUCGCCUCGCGGAACAUUGUAGAGGCGGUGGAUGACAAGCUGAGCAAAGUGUGGGAGGUGAAAACGGGGCCGAUUGGGAGUCCGGAGUGUCAAACCUGUCGCUUGUGCGACAUCCAAGUAGAUCCCAGCGAGCCGGUGGAUACGGAUAACGAGGUGCUGCUCUUGGAUGCGGCGGUGGCUAUCCUGCCCUACUUGUACGUAUGCGGCAGUACCCAACACGGCAUCUGUUUCUUCAUCGACGUUGAGCUCUUGCCGCCAGAACCUCGGUGUUUAUACAAAAAAAGUAACAAUUCUCCCUCUUACUGUCCGGACUGUCUGGCCAGUCCGUUGGGCACCAAGGUCACUAUUGUAGAACAGGCGGCCACAUCGUACUUCUUCGUGGCAGCCUCUGUUAAUGACAAAGUGGUCCAGAAGUUCCCCCGUAGGUCGGUGUCUGUGGUGAGACCGCUCUCUACCGAAGACGGAUUUCAAAUGGUGAUGGAAGGCCUGACGGUGCUGCCCCAUCUGAGGGACUCGUACGGCAUCGAUUACAUCUACAGCUUCUCCACACGGGAGUUUGUGUACUUCCUAUCCCUGCAGAGGGAGAACCCCUCCAAAGCCGAUUCGGCCUUUCAGACCCGACUAGGGCGGCUACCCGUGGAGACUCACGAGGUAUGGACGUAUCGUGAGCUGGUUCUAGAGUGCAGAUAUGAGCCCAAGAGGCGGCGAAGGGAGCCGUACAGGGAUAUCGUAUACAAUGGACUCAUGGCGGCCCACUUUGGUCGCGCGGGAAAGGAUCUGGCUCUGGAGCUUAGGGUGGACGAGACAGAGGACAUCCUCUAUGGUGUCUUUGCGCAGGUGAACCUGCAGGUAGAACCCCAAAAGAACUCAGCCCUGUGCGCCUUUUCUUUGAGCGACGUCAACAGCAAGAUUGACAGAGGCGUGGAGGAUUGCUGCAGAUCCGGACCAGAACAAUUAUCCAGAGGACUGUGUCACUUUCAGGCGUGUGAGAACUGCCCGCAUGAGUCGGGCAACGCCACAUGCACAGACAGACCCACGCUGGUUUCCAAACCAUACUACCGAAUAGACCUCUUCAACCGUAAGAUGAGGGAUGUCCUCUUCACGUCCAUCCUGGUUACCAUCAGUGGGAAACAAACUCUUGGGCACUUUGGGACUUCAGAUGGAAGAAUCCUCCAGGUCAUUCUUACAAUUGACACGCCCUUUGUUUUUGCCAACUAUUCACUUGGAGAGAUGCCAAUAUCUAGGACAGCAACUGUCGUCAAUGAUGACUCGCUUUUUUUUGUGGCUGAAAAUCAGUUGUUCAGGGUGCCGAUCAUUGGACCAGGCUGCACGCAUUUCGUGACGUGCUCUAUGUGUUUGAUGUCUCCGCGCUUCAUGAACUGCGGCUGGUGCUCGGGAAUGUGCUCGAGGCAAGAUGAGUGCGCCUCGCUGUGGAAUAAGUAUUCUUGUGCGCCAGUCAUAACAGAGUUUUUCCCCAAAACGGCACCGGCUGGCGGGGAGACUGAGCUGACGCUUUGCGGGAGAGAGUUUCAAUCUCCUCAGAGACCGCCCAUCAACAACGGUGUCAGCCACACAGUCACUGUGGGCUCAGGGACCUUGUGUGCUGUCCUGCCUGACAAAAGCAGGAGCCAAGUGCUCGUAUGCAAGCUGAAGGAAAAAGUGUCAAACCACAAUCUGACAAUAACUCUGGAAGUGCACGAGGGGAAGACGAGGGGCGCGUACUCCAUCGAAGGCACCUCUCGGGUGUCUGGCUUCUCUGUUGUGGAGCCAAGCAUAAUUCAAAUCAGACCAGAGCAUGGCCCUGUUUCUGGCGGUACGCUUGUCACACUGACAGGCCGAAACCUUGAUUCCGGUAUGCGGAGGGAAGCUUUCAUCGCAGACAAAAUGUGUCACAUUCAAGAUGUUCCUCUGGAAGAGAGCGGGACAUUGUCUUCAAUUGUGUGCCUCACAGCGGCUGCCACAAAUAUUGGCCACGUUCCUGUCAAAGUAGUCAUCGACAACUUUGAGGUCACUACCGCUAAGAAGUUUAUCUACAAGAAAAACCCUGUUGUGACGUCGGUGUAUCCUCAUUGCAGUUUCAGCAGUGGCUCCAAGUUAGUGAUUACGGGUCAGAAUCUUGACUCUGCACACAAAACUGUGCUUCAGUACACUUCCAAAAACUCCCCUUUGGAACCCCACAAACUGGAAUGUAACGGUACAGGGAACGCUACCCACAUGACGUGCCAGGCUCCCACUUUUCCGUUCGAUGUGUCGGAAGACAGAUCAGACUCAGGGGAGCUAAUCAUUCACAUGGACGGCAUGGAAAACGUGUGGAGGAGACGCUUCAACUACCACCCCGACGCCGAAGUCAUCCCAUUUGAACACGAAGACAACGUAUUGGUCCUCACACCGGGACAGACUGAAGUUUCGCUGCACCACGACAAACUGAACAUGGUGGACCAGUGCAUGAAGAUCACCAUGGCAAUCGGGGACAUGGACUGUAACGUCCAGGUUCUGAUGAAUGAGCUGACCUGCAGGAUUCCUAAAACCCAAGUGAUCCCCAUCGAGGGAUUGCCUGUCAGAGUCUCAGUGAACGGCGAAUCCCACAACGUGGGCACUGUCCGGUAUGAGGACGACAAUGCCGAUUCGGUCAUCGCGGCCAUCGUGCUGGGUGUAAUCUUCGCCUUGGUGGCGGGUGCCGGAAUCGCACUCGUUAUGAUUCAUCUGAGAAAAAAGAAGCGAGCUAUCAUCGAGAAUCGUUUAAGCACCAGGUUUUCCAUAAGCCGGAUGGGCAGCCACGGGGAAAUGUCCCCGACAGGCGACUACAGGCAGGUGGAUUCCAACCAAACGUCGGCGGGUGGAAUGGCCUUUCAAGGUCCGCUGUACGCCACCAGCUAUGACCACCUCGCUGUUCCGCUGAUUUCGCGAUCCAGCGUCUCAAUGAUCAGCCUCAGCUCCGACCUGCUGGACGAGGUCAAGGAUGUCCUUAUCCCUGCUGAGAUGCUCAGGAUCGAAGAUAGCCAAAGCAUUGGCAAAGGUCACUUUGGAACUGUGUAUCAUGGCUAUCUGAAGGACAGCAAUAAUCAAGAGAUCCAUUGUGCUGUUAAAUCACUAAAUCGAAUCACCGAUCUAAAGGAAGUGGAUCAAUUUCUCAGAGAGGGAAUCAUCAUGAAGGGCUUUCACCAUCCCAACAUUCUGUCUCUGCUUGGCAUCACGUUACCCAAAGAAGGGCUCCCCCUGGUGGUGCUGCCGUACAUGAAACAUGGCGACGUUCGGCAUUUUAUUCGCUCCCCACAGAGGAAUCCAACCGUUAAAGACCUCAUAGGCUUUGGACUGCAGGUUGCCAAGGGGAUGCAGUAUUUAGCGCAAAAGAAAUUUGUGCACAGAGACCUGGCUGCACGGAACUGCAUGCUGGAUGAGACCUUCACCGUCAAGGUGGCAGACUUCGGCAUGGCGCGUGACAUUUACGACAAGGAGUACUACAGUAUUCAAGACUGCAAGACGGCAAAGUUACCGGUCAAGUGGAUGGCCAUCGAGAGCUUGCAGACACAGAAGUUCACCACCAAAUCGGAUGUGUGGUCCUAUGGCGUGUUGAUGUGGGAGCUGCUGACCAGAGGAGCUAGUCCAUACCCAGAAGUGGACCCCUAUGACAUCACACACUAUUUACUUAGGGGCCGCCGGCUACCUCAGCCCCAGUAUUGCCCUAAUGCUCUUUAUUCCAUCAUGCUGGCAAGUUGGGACCCGGAGCCCGAAUGUAGGCCCACGUUCCACAGCUUGGUCGGGGACGUGCAGCACAUUCUGUCCUGUCUCACGGGAGAGCACUACAUCAACCUGAAGGUCAACUAUGUCAAUUUAGACCAGGCCAGGCCUUACCCCCCACUGACUGCAUCUGCCGACGAGGCCGAGGCCGAGGGCUCGGAGUCGGAUACGAGCGGUCAAGAUGGCAGCUAAGGACCUUUAAAACUGAUAAGAACACACGAAUACAGCGCUCCGGGAUUACAAAGAGACUUAUCGGGAGUUUGUUUAUUUAUCAUGUGUUAUCGAGAUUAAAAGACACUGUACGUGCUAAGGACUAAGACUGGAUUUACACUGUAUGAUUUAAAUUAGUAGUAAAAAUAAUGGCCUUCUCUCAAUUUGACUUAAUCUUUGACCUUUUAUUAUUUUAUGACUUUUUAUUCUUCUGUAUGAAUGACAAUUUUACCUUCUGCCGUCCAGUGGAAGAGCAUUGAAUUAUUCUGCCUGUCAUUACAAAAACGAACAUACCGUAAUUUUCGGACUAUAAAUCGCUCCGGAGUAUAAGUCGCAAGAGCCAUAAAAUGCCAUAAAAGUUAAAUAAAACACAUAUAAAUCACUCCGGAGUAUAAAUCGCAUUUUGGGGGGCAAUUUAUUCGACAAAAUCCGACACCAAGAACAGAGAUGAACGAGCAAUAACAAGCUAAACGAUACGGUAUGCUAACAUGACAAACACAAACGAGGAGCUGAGAACGGGCCUGACGUAACAUUCAGUUAUUUAAAAAAAAUAAUUACAUAAAUAACACGUUUAUAAAACCAUCUGUGUCACUCCAAUUCAUUAAAUCCAUCGAUCGUCCUUUGUCAACAAUGCCGUGUGCCGCGCUGCAGUUCAAAUUAUUCCACAGGCCCAUACAACGAUAUAUAAACUAUAUUUUAAAUAACUAUCACAUAAACAACAAUAUUAUCAAACCAUUUGUGUCACUCCAAAUCAUUAAAUCCAUCGAUCAAAUUUCUCGUCUAUUAUCGAUUGUCCUUUGUCAACUAUGCCGUGUGCCGCGCCGCAGUUCAAAUUAUUCCACAGGCCCAUACAACGAUAUAUAAACUAUAUUUUAAAUAACUAUUACAUAAACAACAAUAUUAUCAAACCAUUUGUGUCACUCCAAAUCAUUAAAUCCAUCGAUCAAAUUUCUCGUCCUUUAUGUCAUCCUGGUGACAGAGGACAUGUCCAGAGGAUAUGGCGCUUUAAAGUGUUAAUUACUUUAUUUGAUUUUUUCUCUCUUUUUUUCUAUGUUUUGAAUAUGUUCAAGAUAAAGAUAUCAAAGCAUGUGAAGUGAUCAACUAUACUAAAAAUAACAUGUGAAGUGGUCAACUAUACUUGUAAGUAAGUGAUGUGUUAAUGAUCAAGUAAAAAUCUGUGAAAAAAACAUAUAUAAGUUGCUCCUGAGUAUAAGUCGCCCCCCCACCCAAGCUAUGAAAAGAAAACGCGACUUAUAGUCCGAAAAUUACGGUAUAUUUAAAUCAAAUUGGAAUAAGCCUCUUAGACAUGCAGUAUAAAUCCAGCAAAUGAUUUGUGAGACUGUGAAAGUUCCACAUCGUGUUACAACAAAUGGUCUUGAGACAAAAUAGAGCUUGAAAUAAAAAACAAAAACGGAUGUGAAAUAUAAGUAAGGCCAAAUGAAUGUAAACUUUUGUCUCGACAUAGAUUUUUAACCAUUUAUGUAAGUACGGUGGCAUUAACUACCUUAAGCUCAGGGAACAACUUUUGUGGAUAUAGUUAGCAAUAUAGAGAGAUCAUAUCUACAUGUGAAAAGCAGUCCACUGGAUGAUGAACUCAGUCUAUUUGUAGUGGUGUGCUUUAUACACGACGCCUGAGGUUGAAACAGUAUAUUUAAUCAGCGCUAGAGGGCACCCGAGAUUGUCUUUUGCCGUUACUGCUGUGAUGCUGCCGCAGUGAUGCGCCUCACUACGUCAACAUUACAAUAAAGGUGUUACACAAACACCCCCCAAGCAUCCAAAAUCUGCUAAACCGCUGGACAACUCAUCAUUGUGUCUUUUUAUUAUGGUAAUGACUUUCAAGGCUAAUUUUUCAAGUUAAGGACUAUUUCCAGGCCACUUCUUACUGCAUUAUCUUCCCUUCAGUAAAGGUUCAAGUGUAAAUAACAUUGUUGUACAUUUUUUUCUAUUCUCUCCCUUUGCUUUGCCCUAAUGAGUCUUGAAUAAACACAAAGUGAAAAUUC